AGCGGCGGGGAGAGGCUGCUGCGGAGAGCCGCAUGUCAAUGAGGGCCGGGCUAAUGCAAAUCACCGCCAGCGGCAGCAGCCGAAGAAAGGCGAAGCAGCUGCAGCCCGGGCUUCCUCCCCAGCAGCGCUCUGCAGCCGGGGGAGGCGUAACAAAGGCGCCCGAGCCGCUUGCCGCGGCCGCUCCCGCGAUCGUAGCCGGGUGGUCGCCGGCGGCGGGGGGGAAGGCGCCGCUCUUUAGCCGCCUCCCAGCUCGCUUCGCCGCCGCCUCCUCCUUCCCUCCGCGCCCCGCCGGCUGGUCCGAGGGAGAAGCGCUCGUCGGGCUGCGGAGAGCAGAUUGAACUUCAAGAUGUCCUUCGGGAGAGAUAUGGAGCUGGAGCAUUUUGAUGAGCGUGAUAAAGCGCAGCGGUAUGGCAGAGGGUCCCGGGUGAAUGGUUUGCCUAGCCCUACCCACAGUGCCCACUGCAGCUUUUACCGAACCCGUACUCUACAGACCCUGAGUUCUGAGAAAAAAGCCAAGAAAGUUCGCUUCUAUCGUAACGGAGACCGGUAUUUCAAAGGGAUUGUGUAUGCUAUCUCCCCUGACCGGUUUAGAUCUUUUGAAGCUCUGCUGGCUGAUCUGACCCGAACUCUGUCUGACAAUGUGAAUCUGCCCCAGGGAGUGAGAACAAUCUACACGAUUGAUGGCUCCAAGAAGAUUUCCUCCUUGGACCAGCUAGUAGAAGGGGAAAGCUAUGUAUGUGGUUCAAUAGAACCCUUCAAGAAACUGGAGUACACGAAGAAUGUAAACCCAAACUGGUCAGUGAAUGUUAAGACAACCUCUACUUCUCGCUCGGUGCCGUCUCUUGCCACUGCUAAAGGAGGUACUCCAGAUGCAAAGGAAAAUAAGGAUUUCAUUAGGCCUAAACUAGUCACUAUCAUCAGGAGUGGAGUGAAACCGCGGAAGGCAGUCCGGAUUCUCCUUAACAAGAAGACAGCACAUUCAUUUGAACAGGUUCUUACUGAUAUAACUGAUGCCAUCAAGCUGGAUUCAGGGGUGGUCAAACGCUUGUACACACUAGAUGGAAAACAGGUGAUGUGCCUUCAGGAUUUCUUUGGCGAUGAUGACAUUUUUAUUGCAUGUGGACCGGAAAAGUUCCGUUACCAGGAUGACUUCUUGCUGGAUGAAAGUGAAUGCCGGGUGGUGAAAUCUACUUCCUAUACCAAAAUAGCUUCAAGUUCACGUAGGAGUACCACCAAGAGCCCGGGUCCAUCCCGACGCAGCAAGUCUCCUGCUUCUACCAGCUCAGUGAAUGGAACCCCUGGUAGCCAACUUUCUACUCCCCGCUCUGGGAAGUCUCCAAGCCCAUCUCCCACCAGCCCAGGAAGCCUACGGAAACAGAGGGACCUGUAUCGCCCACUCUCCUCGGAUGAUUUGGAUUCAGUAGGAGACUCAGUGUAAAAGAGAAAAUGGAACAAUGUUUAUGGUUUGUGAUUUGGUGAAGGUUUAACAUUUUUAAAGAGAAUAGCUGCUAAUUUACAGUAAUAGUGAAUCACACAAAAGAGUUUUGCAUAUUUAAUAUUAAAAACACGGGGCCAAAUUAAUUCUAGCGUGCGGGGGUAUUUUUGGCUUUACCACUGCAUUUUAAUGCAAGAAUUUGUAAUGAAUGAGCCAUUGAAUAUGCCCAUCAAGUACAAAACAGCAUUGUGCACACUUUAAGCAAUGGAGAUUGAAUAAGGUGAAUAUAACGCACAAAUCCAUAGUGGGCACAUUUAUGAAUAGCACUCUUUUUAUCAUCAGAGGUACUGAUUAUAUGUUCUGUUUUUAACAUAGGUAUCUUUAUUCAUUUUGAUACGAACAGUUAAUGAAUGCUUUGCUCUUACCAAUGAAUAGGUAAAAUGCAGGAAAGAAAAAGCCUGCCAUAUUAAACUGCUUGUACCACGCUGUCUGAACCCAACACAAACAUUUGGAGCACUCUCGUUCCUUUCAGAGUUUAGUCUUUUUAACUAAGUGAAAGGAAAAAGAAGAAAUCUUGUGUGGUCGCAGAACAGAAAGUAAAUGCUUUCAAAGCAAAGUUAAAGUUCUCUUUUUACAUUUUGGUGAGUGUAAACAGAUGAGUGGUCACAGGCAACAUGAAUGUUUUACCUUGCAAGAGCUGUAAAUACUGAUCAUCCUCGUGUUGCAAGUAAAUACGGAUGCAUUUCUAAAAGAGGAAAUAGGUGGGCCUGCUGGCUACCACUGUAAUCUGACACACGUAUGUUGACACCUUUUGGUAAAACACAUUUUGCCUGAGAAACCUGUGGUUAGUUUCACUUAUGUUAAGGACAUGAACAUUUUUUUUGUUGACUUGCUGUAAUAAGGCAGUUGAUGCCAUUUUAAAAUGAAAGCACCAGAAAUGGCGGUGUUGUAAAUCAUCCUCCUGCUGACCUAAUUUCUCUGCUUUCAUAAUUUCUAGAGGUGGUCGUUUUGUACAGCAUGAAUAUGCAAAACUCCUUUAGUGUUAAAGUAGGUCAUGCAUUAUAACCUGUUGCUUAACAAAUAUCUACUAAUGUUAUUUGUUUUCUGCUGCUUUAUUGUGAUAAUUUUAGUUGACUACAUUAAUUUACAUAAUAGCAAUAUUUCCUAUUGUAUGUUGCAUAUUCCUUUAAUAUUUAUCUGUUGUAUUUAAGCCCAUAGUGUAGUGAUGACACACUGUUCCUGUUUCAUACACUUCUUUUUAGUAUCUUAAAUACUAAUCGUUUAAGAAUUAGAAAUUAGUGUGAUUCUGAUCCUCAGCAAAAAUCUAUAGAGAUUAUAUUUUUGAUCUACUUAGUGAUGAUUUAAUAUAUUUUGAAAGCAGGCAAAUUUACUUAAUAGAAUAAAAUGGUUAGCUGCCACAUGCCAACUUUUAAAUACAGUGAAAUAAUUUCUUUACACUUAUUUGUCCAUAAUAAAAUUCAGCAGCUGAAAAGUGUUGGCAUGUGACGUAAAGGCUUCACUGUAUCAUUAUUGUUUUCUUUAUGGAGGAUAUUUACAAAAACGAAUAAAUGGGCAGCAGAAUACAAAACUUACCUUCUCUGUUUUCCAUACUUGGUUCCAGUAUCACCUGGAGGGAAAGUCAUUCAUCUGGCAGGUUUGCUGAAGCAGUUAGGUCAUUUCAGUUUGAAAUGCAUGUUUUGCCAUUCCUGCUUCAGACUUCGGAUUUAAAACUGCUUCCAGCAAUAGGAGCAGUCCCCCUCACAUACUCCGAUCACAGGGCUGUCCUGUUCUACUGAAAAAGUGCACAGCUGUGAAGUUACUUGCAUUUUUGCCUGUUAGGAGGGAAUGUCUUAGUAAAAUGUAUUACUUAAUCCCAAGAAGCCUGUAUUACGUUAAGGUGCAUUGGGAUCAGCUUCCAAAAAUUCAGAGAACUCCACCAGACUGAACAAAACACGUACUGACUUUUUGCAAAUUGCUUUUUCGUGUAAAGAAAAUAAAUUCCAGGAAUUUUAUUUUUCCUCCCCUCUUCUUUAUAGACUACUGCUGCUUAAGGCAGUUUAUUAAGAAUGUUUGCUCUGCACAGAGAGCCCAGCUUGCCAGCAAACAGGCAUGGCGUGGCUUUGCCUAGCUGUGGAAAAGAAAAAUGGAAAAAUCAGUAAUUGUUAUCAUAGCGAGUUUUCCAUCAACGCUGUUGCAAAGAAUAUGCUAGCCUAUAACAUUUAAUCAUUUCAACAUAUGACUUGUAUUAAGGGGCAAUUCAGGGGCAAUAUGUAUCAUUAAUAUUUCAUUUAAGGAAUGAAAGUCCCUUAGAGAUUGAAAAGGUACACUGUUUAUAGACUUUGAGAUCCCUUUUGUGUGGAAGGUAAUUCCCAUUAUACAUGAGCAGAAAUGAAAUGUUUCUUUUGAGCAAGACCAGAAGGUUUCAGGUUAUUGGUGAAACUGAAAUUGUGUUUCAUGAUGCUGUAGUUCUACUCACAACAGCACGGGUUUUAGUUUGUCCCUAGAUUUCAUCAGCUUCAUUAAAUAACAGAAUAGCUCAAGUAACUUUAUAGUGUUUGAACCUCUCAUAGUUCUCUGUAUGCUGCAUUAUUUGUGCCUACUGUCAGGUGAUUAUGAUGUAGCUAAAGAGUUUCGUAUAGAUCGUGAAUGCUUUGCUCCCCUUUGAGCUUUUUGAAUAUGUGUUUAUUUCCCUAAUGCUUUCUGCAACUUUCUGGAUUAUUUUUAAUCUCUUUCCUUUUUUCUUUUCUGCAACAAACAGUUCACAUGUGAAGCACAGAAUGUGUGUGUAUGUGUACAUUUGUGCACGCACGCACACACAAAUACAUACAUUAAUGGCUACGAAAUCCAUGCACAGUUAAGUCACAUAUUUGGCUUCUUUAAAUGAGUAUGUGGGGAAAAUAUAUGAUGGGAAGUUGUUCAUCUUGUGGGAUUCGCUUCAGCUCUGUUCAAGCUGAUGGAGCUGUACCGAUCUCUCCCUGCUGAGCAGUUCCCCUUAGGAAUCCUACACAAUUUUAAGAGAUCUCACGUACAAACGAGGGCAUAGUUCUGCUCCGUUUUAAGUUGGUGGCAAAACCAUGAUUGACUUCAAGGUGGGAAGGAUAGGACCUUAUGCACAAAGUAUAUAUACACUGACAAAACAUUAACCAUAAAGCUGAAAUGGUUAUUAUUUUGACAUGGUUAUUUUGACAUGGUCAGACCUGUAUCUCCUCAUCAACUGCACCGCUCUGCAGUGUAAUUGUUAAGUCAUGCAAUGUUAGAAGUUGGUUCUUGUUGUUGUUGUUGAUAUCAAUAAAAUUGUUAACAUUCACAAUCCUUUGUGAAAAUUGUUUUUCAAUUUUUAAAAUAAUUCAGGGACAGCACAUUACAUUUGGUUAGCUUUCCCUUCAAGCCAUUUCCAUAGGCUGUAAAAUAAAAAAUUCUGGGGCAUUAAUACUGUGAAUAUAAAUGUGCAUUAUAAAAAGGGAUACAUAAUGUUAAACAGUCUUGAAGAACACAUGGGUUUGAGAUUGUUUGACUUAACAAUUCAAAUAAACAGUAAUGUUUAGUUUUACAGUUGUGUAUUUCGCACUGCAUUUUGAACUUUCUGUAGUGUAGUAUGUUACAGAAAAUGUUCUCCAACUCUAAAAGUUAAAACUAAUUAACAGUAAUAUAGAAAAGAACCUCUGAUCAACCCAGGUUGCCUGUUUUGUCAAAAAUAGUAGAAAAAUAAACGAAAAAUCUUUACGGUGCUAAAUUACCUUGUCACUUGAUGAAUACUGAGAUUAAUGUCAUCUAUGCUUUUUCUUGUAUACAGCCUAAUACAAGAUUGCUCUUAAUUUAAUCUUCACUUUCAGUUCAUCUGUUAGUGAUAGCACGAGAUCUUGUGAGUUAUCAAGAGGAAAACAAACUUAUGUUACUCAGCCAGCAGUAGCUUUACAUGCAGGUAGCAGGAAGCAAGUGAUGGUUGCAUUCUUUUGAAAGAGGUGUAAUGCCUCACAAGCAAAUCGCUCUGUUCACAAGGCAGUGUUACUCCGAGCUGUGCUUGCUGUAGUAACACCUUUUGACUGGCUUGUUUUGCCUCUUUUCACUGUGCACCUGAUUUUUCGGGGCGGCUGAGUGCCCUAACUCCCCACCGAAGUCAAUGGAUAUGUAGAUACAUGUGUUCUGUACGCACAAUUUAAUAGAAGGGUUAAAAACACACACAGAGCCUGCAUACGUACUUGUAUGCAUUUUAGUGUCCGUGUUUGUGCAUGUUGAUUAUAUUAGAAUUUGCUUAAAUUAACCCUCAGCAGUGAAGUAUGACAAAAGAUAUACUGUAUUCAGCGUGUGCUUGUUGUCUGAUGUUACAUGAGGUAAUUAGUUUGUGGUUUGCCCUACGAUACAGUGUUUUGGAGUUUGAGCUGUAGUGAAAGAGGAGCUACCAAUGUUUGUGCUAAGACCUCUUCUUUUUGUUAGUUGCACUAUGAUCUUGUAAAUAUUGGCACAUUUCCAACAUAAGUUUAAGAUUUUACAAAGUUAUGCAUACAAUUAUUUUUUUUAAAGAAAAGUGCUUGGAUAUUUGCUUUUUAAAAUAUACCGUUUUUGUAUUAAUGUGAUGCAGGAAACCAAAAAGAUAGCUGUUGAUUUAUCAGCAAAAAAAUAUGUUAAACUUGCAAAAAUAAAUGCCGAUGAAUGUUUUAUUUAAUAUAAUCAGCUGAAGAAAAUCACCUUCAUUUUUGUGCCAUUGUUUCAUCAUACUGUGUUGUACUUGUGUUUCAUAUUUGACCAUGUCAUCCUGGUUGCAAUUUGUUGUUUCGCUAGAUUUAACAUUACUGUAGAUUAUUGUAAGCGAUGUAAUAAAUAUAUUUAAAAAA